AUGGCCUACGGGCUCCCAGGCGUCUCUGGGCAGAAUGUUGCCUAUGCUAUCCUCUGCGGUGGAUCCCUCACUGCAGCCCUCGUCUACGCGUACAAGACUAUGAUAUCUGACGGUGAAAGGUUUACUGACAGGUUGGCUGAGAUGAACGCCAGGCCGAAAGACCCGUGGGAACCCAAACCAUGGCCGGCUACGGAAAAUGCCCAUUCCCUGCCCGUCGCCGAAGAGGCAACCGAAGCUAAUGAAGAGACCUCUGUGCUCGCACACACCGAGAGCUUAUCGACCGCGGCUGAUGUGGCGGAGACGGCUGGGUCUUAUGUUACCACGGUAGCCGAGACCGAGAGCACAGAGGUCAGCGCUGUUGCUGAAGUGGCCGAGGCGGAGUCUCCAGGUGUGGCGCCAGAGACUGGGAUGCUGUUGGCAUCAGAGGUGGCCACAGAGGCCUUGACAGAAGCGGUGUCGGAGGUGGCGGCCGAGGUUGUACUGGCCACGGCCGCGGAGGAGCCGUCGGCGGCCGAAGCGGCUGCUGACCCCAUCGAGAACAACGGUACGACUCCAACGCAGGAAGCGGAGCUCCCCUUGGUGGAGGUCGCCCCAGAGGAGGCUUCUAGAGCAGAUACUCCCGUUGAUGUGGAGGCCUGA